UCUGACACUUGCUGGUAAGCAUUUCUUCUUCUUAUUCAAGGCAUAACACAAUAUUCUGAUGAAACCCCGACCUUACAAAGCGAUUUCCGAAUGAGAAAUCCACUGCACAACUUUUCUUUUAUGCAGUGCUUCAGAUGUCGUUGUCCCUCCUGCUUUGUCUAAAUACGCUGAAAUACUAAUCAUUUGUAUAUUCCAACCUCUUCUUCCUUUCAUAUGAUUUUGACGUUCGUACGAUCAUGCCUUCCUGGUGUUGCAAUUUUAAUGGCCAGCAGUGUAUUACCAAAGGUAUUUAUCACCCCGCGAAUCGUAUGUGAACUCUCUCUCUCCGUGACAACACUUUAUCUCUUUGAUUUUUAAAUAAACCCUUGUUAAUUGUUAAGUGUAUCUGAGUCACUUCCAAUGUUGUCUCUCGAACUGACAUUAUGAAUUUGUCUGACCACGUACGGGACCGCUCGCGCUAUGGCGUGACAUAAUUGCCAUCUCGGUUUCCGUGUUCCAAGAAACGCGGUGGUGUCAAUCCUGACAGGGUACCAAAGAGGUGCCGACCCAAAAGAUCACAAUAAGUAGUUAAUAUUUAAUAUCUUCAAAAAUUCUUUGUUCAAUUUAAAAUUGGCCAAUAAAAAAAAAUUGUGUAGCGAUUGAUUAUGUAAGUGGUGUAAGUCCAAUUUGCAUAGAGAUAGGUGGCGGGAUCAUAUGAUUACAUUUGUUUUAUUUCAUGUGUCAAAGAUAACCUUACUUAUUUUCUUCCAAAAAUGGAUAAUUUCAUAUUAACAUUAGAUAGUGAUACAGGUAAGAAGAAAUUAAUAAGAAAUCAAUAUUAUUUUAUAACAAUUGAAAAUAUUUAUUUUAUUUAAUUAUAAAUAAAUUCACACAAAAAUAAAACCCAUAAAUAUAAACAAAAGAAGAAUCUUAGAAUUGGAGGAUGAAGACAAUUCCACUAAGAAAAACACAUAUUUAAUGAAACUUAAAAAGAGAAGAAGAAUUAUAGAGGUAGAAUCUUCAUCACAUGAAGAUCUUGUUAGUCAAACCUUUGAUUCUGCAAAAGAAAAUAAUGUAAAAUAUAUGCAACGAAUAAGCAAACGUAAGCGGAAUGCCGGACAAGAGUAUUAUACCAAAAAAGAUAAAUUUAUUCCAGCAAAAAAAUUUGAAUAUAAAAAUUGUAACUGCUCCAAGAAAUGUAUAGAACAUGUUAAUGAAGCAGAACGUAAAACAAUUUUUGAUCACUUCUGGAAUAUAGGUGAUUUUAAUAAGCAAAAUGUAUUUCUGUAUUGUAAUGUUCAUCGUGAAACUGAAAAGAGAAGAAAGCCAAGAAAUUAUCUGGGCAGUUUGAGGAGUUAUGCUUAUAAAUUUUACUUGGUCACUUCUCGUGGGAACAUUUUAGUAUGCAAGAAGUUUUUCAUUAAUACUUUUAAUAUAUGUACUGGACGAAUUGAUCGUGUCUUAAAAGCACAUGGUAUUUCAAAAGACAAGCAUGGACAAAUGGAUGGCUCUUGCAGAACUAGUGAACUAGCGACAAAUACAGCGAUAAAACACACAAAAAGUUUUCCAGCAUUUAAAAGUCAUUAUACUCGAUCCAAAAAUCCAAAACGAAUGUUUUUGCAUCCAGAAUUAAACAUAAGAAAAAUGCUUAAUUUGUACUUAGAAAAAUGUAAGGAAAAUAACUUAAGUUCAGUUAAUGAAUGAACAUACAGGAAAAUGUUUAAAUGAGAUUUCAACUUACAUUUCCAUCUGCCAUGUAAAGAUACCUAUGCAAGAUGCGAUUUCCUCAACAUGAAAAUUCAGACAACAAAUAAUGAAGAAAAAAAAGUGACUCUUGUACAAAGCCAUGAUGUUCACUUGAAAAAUGCUGAAUUGGCAAGAAAAGCAUUGCAAGAAGAUAAAAUUCUGGCAUCAAAACAUCUCAAUAAAUACUUUGCCUUUUCUUUUGAUUUACAAAAAGCCUUACCCUAUCCAAAAUUAUCUGUUUCAAUAGCAUAUUAUAAGCGAAAUAUGUAUCUUUUAAAUGAGGGAUUUCAUAAUUUCCACAACAAUAAAGUUAAUAUGUAUGUGUGAGACGAAACUACUGCUUCCAGGAGUCACAAGAAAUAGCUUCUUGCUGUCUGAGACAUUUACAAAAUGUAACAACUCAAAGUCAUGUUAUUGCAUACAGUGAUAUGUGUAUUGGGCAAAAUCAAAAUUUACAAAUGGCAUUGUUGUGGUUGAGAGUUGUCCAGUCUUUGGAAAAUAACAUCGAAGUAAUUGAUCAUAAAUUUUUACUCUCCAGGCAUUCAUUUCUUCCAAACAAUCCAGAUUUUGAUAUUAUAGAAAUGGCAUUAUGAAAAAAGAAUUUCUUGUACACACUACAGGAUUAUUAUGAUGUUAUAAAACAAUGUAGAAAAAACAAUGAAUUUAUUUUACAUGAAAUGAAACGAGAGAAUUUCGUUUCAACAAAAAAUUUACAAAACACAAUUCAAAAACGGGUAAGAAAAAAUACUAAUGGAGAAAAGGUAAACUGGCUGAAAAUAUGUUGGAUGAAGUUUUGCAAAAGUGCACCAUGUACUAUUUUAUAUAAAACAUUGAUGGAGGACACAGAAUUUAAGACAUUACAUUUAUCACCUACAUGCCAGGGAAGACUGUCAAAAUUUGAGAGAAUCACCCUGAUGCCUUUGUAUAAUGAUGCCAGACCUAUUAUAUAUGAAAAAUAUAAGGAUAUGGAGCAGUUAUUACAUUAUAUACCUUCUGUGCAUUAUGAAUAUUUCAAAACACUGCCACAU